AGCAUCUGCGACACGAUGGAGAUUCCACAUUUGGAAACUCGCUGGGACUACCGGUUGCGGCGUGAAAGCUGCCUCGUGAACCUCUACCCACAUCCAAGCACUCUUUCGAAGGCUUACGUCGACCUGGUAGCUGCCUGGGGCUGGAAGUCGUUCACCAUCAUCUACGAGACCAAUGAGGGCCUGGUGCGGAUGCAGGAGCUGCUCAAGGCUCACGGACUCUCGGACUACCCGAUCACGGUACGGCAGCUGAGCGACUCCGGUGACUACCGGCCACUGCUGAAGCAGAUCAAAAAUUCCGCCGAAUCCCACAUCGUGCUGGACUGCUCGACCGAGCGCAUCUACGAGGUCCUGAAGCAGGCGCAGCAGAUCGGCAUGAUGAGUGACUACCACAGCUACCUCAUCACGUCGCUGGACCUGCACACCAUCAAUCUGGACGAGUUCAAGUACGGUGGCACCAACAUCACCGCGUUCCGGCUGGUCGACCCCGAGAACCCGGAGGUGGCACAAGCCAUCCACAACUGGACCCUCGGUGAGGCUCGGCUUGGCAAGAAGGUCGACUUCAAAACGGCGGUACGUACUCGGUUAGACGCGGAAACAGCCCUGAUGUACGACGCGGUGCAUCUGUUUGCGAAGGCACUGCACGAUCUGGACACCAGCCAGCAGAUUGACAUCCAUCCACUAUCCUGCGACACCCAGGACACGUGGCCGCACGGAUACAGUCUCAUCAAUUAUAUGAAAAUCGUGGAGAUGCGCGGCCUAACCGAUGUCAUCAAGUUCGACCACCAGGGCUUCCGGAGUGACUUCGUGCUCGACAUCGUUGAGCUGGGACCGCAGGGUCUGCGCAAGAGUGGCACCUGGAACUCGACCUCUGGUGUCAACUUCACGCGCACGUACGGUGAACAGCAGAAGGAGAUCGUGGAGAUACUGCAGAACAAGACGCUGAUCGUGACGACGAUUCUGAGCUCGCCGUACUGCAUGCGGAAGGACUCGGCUGAGAAGUUGACCGGGAACUCACAGUUUGAAGGGUAUGCGAUUGAUCUGAUUCAUGAGAUCUCGAAGAUACUGGGCUUCAACUACACGAUUCGGCUUGCACCGGAUGGGCGCUAUGGUAGUCACAACAAGGAGACUGGCGAGUGGGACGGCAUGAUUAAGGAACUACUGGAGCAACGCGCGGACCUGGCCAUCGCCGACCUCACCAUCACGUUCGAUCGCGAGCAGGUAGUCGACUUCACGAUGCCGUUUAUGAACCUCGGCAUCUCGGUGCUCUACCGGAAGCCGGUGAAGCAACCACCCAAUCUGUUCUCCUUCCUGUCACCACUCUCACUUGACGUUUGGAUCUACAUGGCGACGGCGUACCUCGGCGUCUCGGUGCUGCUCUUCAUCCUGGCGCGCUUCACACCGUACGAAUGGCCAACACCGAACCCGUGUGAUCCCCAUCCGGAAAAGCUCCAGACCCAGUUUACGCUGAUGAACUGCAUGUGGUUCGCGAUCGGGUCGCUCAUGCAGCAGGGUUGCGAUUUUCUGCCCAACUUCACACCGUACGAGUGGGAAAAUCCGCACCCCUGCAACAGCGAACCACUGUUCCUGGAGAACAGCUUCACGCUGCUCAACUCGCUCUGGUUCACGAUCGGCUCCCUCAUGCAGCAGGGUUGCGAUAUCGCUCCCAAGGCCGUUUCAACACGCAUGGUCGCUGGCAUGUGGUGGUUCUUCACCCUCAUCAUGAUCUCGUCCUAUACCGCCAACCUGGCGGCGUUCCUCACUGUUGAGAGGAUGGACUCACCGAUCGAGUCAGCAGAGGACCUCGCGAAACAGACCAAGAUCAAGUACGGGGCCCUGCGUGGUGGCAGCACUGCCGCCUUCUUCCGGGACUCGAACUUUACCACGUACCAGCGCAUGUGGUCGUUCAUGGAGUCUUCCCGCCCGUCCGUCUUUACUGCCAGCAACAUCGAGGGUGUUGAACGUGUCGUCAAGGGCAAGGGUAGCUACGCGUUCCUGAUGGAGUCGACCUCAAUCGAGUAUGUGAUCGAGCGAAACUGCGAGCUGACGCAGGUUGGCGGUAUGCUCGACUCGAAGGGCUACGGGAUUGCGAUGCCUCCGAACUCCCCCUUCCGCACGGCCAUCAGUGGUGCAGUACUAAAGCUGCAAGAAGAGGGCAAACUGCACAUCCUUAAAACGCGCUGGUGGAAAGAAAAACGUGGUGGAGGAUCCUGCCGGGAUGACACAUCUAAAUCGAGCUCGACGGCGAACGAGCUAGGGCUGGCGAAUGUGGGUGGCGUUUUCGUCGUCCUGAUGGGUGGUAUGGGCGUCGCGUGCGUCAUCGCCGUGUGCGAGUUCGUCUGGAAAAGCCGGAAGGUGGCCGUUGAGGAACGGGUAAGCACCCCUUCCCUACCCCACAAGUCACUCUGUUCCGAGAUGGCUUCCGAGCUGCGGUUUGCGUUGAAGCGGAGUAAGCCUCAGUCGACCCGCACCACCUCGUCUCACGCUUCACCGCACGACUCCUCGGAGCCGUCCUCUGAGCAGGCUCGGUUCCAUCCACUUGGACCGCCCUACGCACAAAGUGCUUCUGUCUCAGUGAUAGUGUUUCAGGAGAAAAGCGUGCUAAUGGCGACCGGCGGGAUUCGCCGGAAAGUGUCACGUUCUUUUUCCUACAUCCUGUUACUUCUUCCCCUACUACUGAUCAGCCCGCUAAGUUUAGUACGGGCCUACAAUGGUGACCUCGAUGAGGCGGUGGAGCACAUCAAAAUCGGUGGACUAUUUGACGGUGCCACCGAAGAUGCUGAGUUGGCAUUCCAAUACGCCGUUGAGGCGGUCAACAACGAGAAGCUCUCGUACUCCAACUAUCAGCUAGAGGCACAGACGAUCCAAGUGAAAUACGGUGAUCAAUUCGACGUGUCGAAAAAACUCUGCCGGAUGUUAAAGACUGGAGUGGCCGGAAUCUUUGGACCUUCAUCACCAAAGUCAGCACUGCACGUGCAGAGUGUUUGCGACGAUAAAGAGAUGCCUCACAUCGAAACACGAUGGGACGCCUACACAAAGCUGCCGACGUUGAACCUACACCCACAUCCACACAUUCUGGGUCGCGUCUUCCUGGACUUGGUAGUGGCGUUCGAGUGGAAGGAUUUCACCGUGCUAUAUGAGUCAGGUCCGUGGCUGCCGGGUAUUUCCGACCUGCUCAAAAUGUACGAUCCCAAAGGCUACACGGUGACGGUACGUCAACUCGAUCUUCGACUAAAUGGCAACUUCCGGGCGGUGUUGAGACGUGUGAAGCUAUCUGAAGAUAAGCGUAUCAUACUGGCUUGCUCAAUUGAUACGAUGCCGGAGGUGUUGAAGCAGGCGCAACAGGUUGGGCUACUUACGGAUCACCACCAGAUCAUCAUCACCUCACUCGAUCUGCACACGAUCGAUCUGGAACCGUACCAGUACAGUGGCACCAACAUCACCGGUAUCCGGUUGAUCGAUCCUGAAGAGGAGAAGAUCAAACAGGUAGCCGAGUUCCUGAAUGCUUCACAAAUAGCGAAAACCCUCGAGCUACAGGAUGGAUUGAACCCUGCUAAAAUGCGCGUCGAGACGGCACUCAUGUACGAUGCCGUCCUACUGUUCGCUGAAGCACUCAAACACCUGAUAGGUAGUGAACCGGCACAUCUACUCGAACCGAUCUCGCUCAAGUGCGACGAUCCGACGACGUGGAAAAACGGCUACAGUGUAAUCAACUAUAUGAAGAGCUCCACCAUACACGGGUUGACGAGAAGUAUCAAGUUCGACCAUCAAGGACAUCGAUCCGACUUUCUUCUCGACAUCAUCGAACUCGGACCAGCCGGUCUCGAGAAGGUGGGCGUGUGGAACUCCACCGAGGGGUUGAACUUCACGCGUAAAAAAGAGCAAACAAUGCUGGCGUUUGAUGACGGAACGCUUCAAAACAGAACCUUCCUCGUGCUUACGGCUAUCUCACCACCAUACGGCAUGUUGAAGGACUCACCUGUGAAGCUGACGGGUAAUGAACGCUUCGAAGGGUUCGGUAUCGAUCUCAUCCACGAGCUGUCACUCAUGCUUGGCUUCAAUUACACCUUUAUCCUGCAAGAGGACGGUGUUUAUGGGUCACUCAAUCGGGACACCAAAAAAUGGAACGGCAUGGUGCUGGAGCUGCUCGAAUGGCGAGCAGACCUGGCCAUCACCGAUCUCACCAUCACGUCCGAUCGCGAGAGCGCCGUUGACUUCACGAUGCCGUUCAUGAACCUCGGUAUUUCGAUUCUCUUCCGCAAGCCGACUAAAGAACCGCCCUCGCUGUUCUCCUUCAUGUCACCGUUCUCCAAGCAGGUGUGGUUGUACCUGGGGGGUGCUUACAUGAUGGUGUCGAUGUCACUGUUUAUCCUUGGACGCAUCUCACCGAAGGAAUGGGACAACCCGUACCCUUGCAUCGAGGAACCGGAGGAACUUGAGAACCAGUUUAGCUUCAGCAACUCGAUGUGGUUCACGAUAGGUGCGCUGUUGCAACAGGGUUCCGAAAUCGCUCCCAAGGCUCCAGCAACACGCGCCGUCGCUUCCAUCUGGUGGUUUUUCACCCUCAUUAUGGUAUCGUCAUACACCGCUAACCUGGCCGCUUUCCUGACAGUUGAGCAGGUCGUUUCGCCAAUCAACAACGCCGAGGAUCUGGCGGCUGCCGGUGGUGCCGUCAAGUACGGGGCGAAACGAGACGGCAGCACAAUCAGCUUCUUCAAGGAUGCUGAGUAUGGUACCUACGCCAAGAUGUACCAGUUCAUGAUGGCCAACCAGGACCUGUUGACAUCCUCCAACCCCGAGGGAUUGCAGCGAGUCAAAACGGAGAACUACGCCUUCUUGAUGGAGUCCACCUCGAUCGAGUACAUUGUGGAGCGUGAGUGCGACGUCACGCAGAUUGGCGGUCUUCUCGAUGACAAAGGCUAUGGAAUCGCGAUGCGCAAGAAUUCUCCAUACCGAAGCGCGCUCAGUGAAGCCGUCCUACGACUCCAGGAACAAGGUGUUCUCACCUCCCUAAAGCGCAAAUGGUGGAAAGAGAAGCGUGGUGGAGGUGCCUGUUCGCAAAGCACUAGCGAGGACGGUGCCGAGGAGCUCGACAUGGACAAUGUGGGUGGCGUUUUUUUCGUCCUCUUUGUCGGCUGCUCCUUCGCGAGCCUGUUCGGGUGCUGCGAGCUGUUCUUCGUUAUUGCGCACCGAGCUAGACGGCACAAGGUGCCCUUCCGGGAAGAGCUGAUGGCGGAACUUCGAUUCGUGGCCAAGUGCCACGGAAACACGAAACCGGUGCGGCAUCGCAAGAGCUCUUCCGGUUCCGGCGAGAACUCGAUCGAAUCGGGUAUGGAUUCGGCUGACCAUUCGGCGUCCUCGAGCAAGCAGGACAUUUCCGGCAGCCCGCCUGGUGCUGGCGGGGAAAGACGCAACGGGGACACGGAUGAUCACCAGCGAAAACAAAAUGGCACCGGAGGUGGUGGAAAAUCGGCCCUCAAUGGUGGCACUCGGAAGGUGACGCUGGACGAUUGAGUCUGGAAUUUGAAAUAACGGCACCGAUUUAUCUGCUGCAAUAUACUCAUUGGCCAUGGCCUGAACCUGAUGAGCAACACAAUGUUAAAACAAAGUAAAAUACUCUAGCUUA